UUAACAUGGCAUUUUCAAGCCAAGUUGUCGGGCAAUGUUUUUCGUCCAAGCCAGAUUUUAGGAGUAGCCAAAGCAUCCCUCUAUUGAAAGCUCCGAAAGCAAAAAUCACCAAACUACAUGAGCAAAAAUUAAAGAUAGGAAGUAUCACGAGCAGGCAGAGGUCCUUGAUCGCGCAUUGCUCAAUGAUCAACCCUGAUAUUGCGACAGGUUCAUUUUCGCCAUCCAACACAAUUAAAAAAUUCUACUCGAGCAUAAACAAUAAGGACCUGAACCAACUGGCCUUGCUUAUAUCUGAAGAUUGUUUCAUUGAUGAUUUCUCAUUCCCUCAAUCAUUUCAAGGGAGAAAGGAAGCUUUGAAAUUUCUGGAGCAACUAACCACAAGCAUGGGCCAAAACACAGAGUUAAGCAUAGACAACAUUUAUGAAGGUGUUGAUCUUACAGCAACAGUAAACUGGCAUUUAGAGUGGAAGAAGAAAGAAGUUCCCUUUAGUAGAGGUUGCAGCUACUAUGAAUUAUCAAGAGAUAGAGAACAACUACUCAUUAAGAAUGCUCAAGUUAUUACAGAAUCAUCUAUGAAACCGAAAGUUUUGGCAUUGUUCAAUAUGUUUACUUCACUAUUCGAUGACUUCCCUGAGAUCGUGACGAGGUUUGCAAAGAAUCACCAAGUUGCAUAUCAAGUGUUACUAAAUACUUACAAGAAUGUUCUGCAACCAUUGAUCAUAAGUCCAAUUCUUGCAUGGUACAAAAAGUUGUGGACAUUUGCAUUCACCUUUUUUGGACUCACCACCAAGUUUGUGCAGUUCAUUAUAAAGAACUUCAGACAGUAAUUAAUUACAGAGUUCUAGGAAUCGAAUUCUCACUAAAGUAAAAGAUCAAACUAGCCAAUCAAUUGAGCCAUUAUCUGAAAUUAUUAUUGUAUCAACAUGUACAAUUAUAUAUUAUUUUUGUCAUUAAAAUAAAGCAUAUCAACUUUUUUUCUC